AGAGGCAGCCUGCGGGUGGCGCUGCUUUCGCGAACGAAACCUGUCCGAGUAGCAAGCAAGGGUAGAGAAAGAAAGAAAGAAAGAAAGAAAAAAAGAAAGAAAGAAAGAAAGAAAGAAAGAAAGGCCGGAACUGAGGGCCACAGUUGCAGUUACUGUAACUGAGUUAGACGCUUUGUGUUUCAUUCAUUGACUUUAAAUAAAAUGCGCAGAAUAUACAGUUGAACUCAGAUUCGUUCCCGUCCAGGGCGGGCCAUGCUGUCCGCGCAAAGGUAAUGAGCCGCAGAUCCUUCGGGUCUCGGCUGAGCAGAGCCCACAAACUGCAGUGGAGCUGGGAUGACUGGCAGCCCAGAGGCGACCGUACAUCAGUCAGCCAGGACAGUGUAAAGCUCAGUGUCUCCAGAGAUCACAGCCCAUCAGCAUCUGCUAGCGCUCAUCUGUCCAACCCUCCCGCCAUCCCUCCACUGCACAAUGAAGCUGUCCGAGCCUCAGAGGGUCAUGAAGACGGGGGUGGAUAUGAAGUCGAUGGAGGUCCUGCUGAAAAUGCUUUUGGUCGGAAGUUGCUGGGGCAAGAGUUGAGGGUUAAUGAUGUGACGACGGAUUUAACCAGUUUUCAGCAUGGAACCCGUGCUUUAGCUACAAAGGACAUGAGGAAAUCACAGGAUCGAUCGUUGCCUUACUCUGACGAGUCUCGGCUGACGAACCUACUGCGCAGGGUGUCCCGGGAAGAUGACAGGGACCGCAGACUGGCCACCAUGAAGCAGCUGAAAGAGUUAAUUCAGCAUUCGGAAAACAAAGUGGUCUUAGUGAAGCAGCUAGACAGUAUCCUGACUGCAAUACAUGAUGUUUUAAAUGAAAGCAGUAAGCUUCUCCAGGAGCUGCGACAGGAGAGCGCAUGCUGCUUGGGCUUGCUCUGCACCUCCCUCAGCUACGAAGCAGAGAGGAUCUUCAAGUGGAUUUUUGCAAAGUUCAGCUCAUCUACAAAGGACGAAGUGAAGCUGCUAUACCUAGUGGCUGCAUACAAAGCGCUGGAGACUGCAGGGGAGAAGGCGUUUUCACCAGUCAUGCAGCUUGUGAUGAGCAGCCUGCAGUCUAUCCUUGAGAACCUGGAUACCCCGGAGCUGCUGUGUCAGAGUGUGAAAUGCAUUCUGCUGGUGGCUCGUUGCUACCCGCACAUCUUCAGCACCAACUUUAGGGACACUGUGGAUAUCCUGGUUGGGUGGCAUAUUGAUCACACACAGAAGCCUUCACUAACGAUGCAGGUGUCGGGCUGGCUACAAAGUCUGGAGCAGUUCUGGGUGGCAGAUCUUGCCUUCUCCACUACCCUGCUGGGGCAGUUCCUAGAAGACAUGGAGGCAUAUGCAGAGGACCUAAGCCAUGUGGAGUGUGAAGAGUCUGUGGAUGAAGACAUUCCCCCACCCUCGGUGUCGCUGCCCAAGCUGGCAGCUCUGCUCCGUGUCUUCAGCACUGUGGUGUGCAGCAUCGGGGAGAGAUUUAGCCCGGUCCGUGGCCCUCCCAUCACAGAGCCAUAUGUAACUGAUGUGCUGAAUCGAGUGUUGACCUGCGUUACCACAGCCAAGCAGGUGUUCUUUUCGGAGGUGGUCUUGACCGCAGCCAAUGAGUGUGUAUGUGUGCUGCUGGUGAGCGUGGACACAGGGGUGAGCAAGCUCACUGAUGCUGUGAUAUUAUACAGCUUCAACCAGCUGGAGAGCUGCCAAUCAUGUGGACCAGAGUACAGCAUCUCCGUUCUCAACCUCCUGAAGCUGAUUAUAGAUCAGAUAAACACCAAGCUACCAUCCUCAUUCGUUGAGAAGCUGUUGGCGCCAGAUUCACAGUUGCUUAAGCUGCGUUUCCACCGGGAGAAGGAGGUGAUCUCUGCAGCACACAGCGUAUACCAGGCAGCCCUGAGCCUGAAGAACAUCCCUGUCCUGGAGGCGGCAUACAAACUGGUGCUGGGAGAGAUGGGCUGUGCAUUAAACAGCCUGCUGAGACUGCUGGGUCUACCCCCAGCCUGUGCCGACAUCCAGCAUGCAGCCUUCAGUGAUACCAAGUUUGACCAGGAGAGGGCAGAGUUUAUAAUCAUCUUCAACCUCAGCACCCUCACUACCAUUGGCAAUAUCAAGAACUCUCUUAUUGGGAUGUGGGCACUGUCCCCCACAGUCUUCGCUCUGCUCAGUCAGAAUUUGACAAUUGUUAAUGGAGAGCUGGCAGUGCAUCACCCUGCUGUUCAGUAUGCAGUGCUCUACACUCUAUACUCGCAUUGUACCAGGCAUGACCACUUCAUCUCCAGCAGUCUGAGCUCGUCCUCUCCUUCCCUUUUUGACGGAGCUGUGAUCAGCACAGUCACUACGGCAACAAAGAAACACUUCAGCACCCUUCUUAAUCUGCUGGGGGUGCUGCUGAGCAAGGAGCAUCUGUACCCUGAGGCCAGGAAGCUGCUCCUGACGUGGGCAUUGGAAGUGUCUUUGGUGAUGAAGAAAUCUGAGACUUAUGCUCCCCUCUUCUCCCUUCCCUCCUUCCACAAGUUCUGCAAAGGACUGCUGGCCAAUGCCCUGAAUGAAGAUCCUUCAGUUUGCCUCCAGACCUGCAGCAGUCUCCAGGUCCUCUCACCGUCCCUCUCCGCUGAGCUGCUGCAAAAGUGUGUGGAUGUGUGUCGAGUCCAGUUGAUGCACUCCACUACAGCUGCAGCGUUCGCUUCUAUCGCUAGCAUCCAGUACAAUUAA